CUGAUCGAAGGCUUUGUGCGGUGGUUUGUCGGUCUGGCGCCGCCUCCCCCCGGGGCCGGCGUGCGCUCCCAGCAGCCCGUGGUGCCCUGCACCCCUCCCUCCCCGUCACUGCACACCAGAGCCCAUGCCCAAGCAGGAGGAGGUGCGGCACGUCCGCCUGGAGCCAUGUGCCUCCCUCAGACGAACAACAUGGACAGCAAGCUGCAGGGGUCAGGGCCAGGGGGAGGGGCUUCACCGCGACCACGAGAUGGAGGUGUUUCCCUGGAGCCAUUCAUCCACCAGGUGGGGGGUCACACCAGUAUGAUGCGCUAUGAUGACCACACGGUGUGUAAGCCCAUGAUAAGCAGGGAGCAGCGCUUCUAUGAAUCCUUACCUCCAGAAAUGAAGGAGUUCACUCCAGAGUAUAAAGGUGUGGUGCUGGUGUGUUUUGAGGGCGACUCUGAUGGAUACAUUAACCUGGUAGCCUACCCAUAUGUGGAGAGUAACAUGGAAGGAGGAACCGGGGAGCACGAGGAUCGUGACCAUCCUGAGAGGGAACAGCCCAGGAGGAAACAUUCCCGCCGCAGCCUUCAUCGCUCCUCCUCCUCCUCCGAACACAAAGAGGAGAGGAUGGACCGGAGGGAAGCGCACGAGUCUGACACCUCGGAUAAGUACGAUGUGGCAGAGCUGAAGAGUCCCCGUCUGGACCCAAAGAUCCACUCAGAUGUCCCCUUCCAGAUGCUGGACUGGAACAGUGGUGUGACCUCAGAGAAGAUCAGCUAUAAUCCCUGGAGCCUCCGCUGUCACAAACAACAGCUGAGCCGCAUGAGGUCCGAGUCCAAGGACCGGAAACUCUUCAAGUUCCUGCUUUUGGAGAAUGUGGUCCAUCACUUCUCCUACCCUUGUAUCUUGGACCUGAAGAUGGGCACCAGGCAGCAUGGAGACGACGCCUCCGAGGAGAAGGCAGCACGACAGAUGAAGAAAUGUGAACAGAGCACGUCAGCCACGCUGGGAGUACGAGUCUGUGGCAUGCAGGUGUACCAGCUGAACACAGGCCACUACCUCUGCAGGAACAAGUACUAUGGCCGUGGCCUGUCCAUCGAAGGCUUCCGCCAAGCCCUGUACCAGUACAUGCACAAUGGGAGGGGCCUGAGGCGGGACCUUUUUGAGCCAAUCCUGAAUAAGCUUCGCAGUCUGAAGGCGGUGCUGGAGAAGCAGGCGUCCUAUCGUUUUUACUCGUCUUCACUGCUCAUCAUUUAUGAGGGAAAGGAGCCCGAGGGCCCCCCAGGACUCAGCUCAGGGCAGCACAAGACGUCUGUGGCCCCCACAGAGGCCCUCAGUGCGCCCCCCCUCCAUGCACCUUCAACCCACAACACCCCCUGUAAAACAGACACCAGCCAAGAGUCGGAGCUGGGUCCCGGACUGGGACCAGGGCUGUGCUCUGUCUCCUCCCAUGGACCUGGACUGACAGCCCCCUCUCCCCGCCUCUCAGUCAGACUGCCACUCCUUUACCCCACCUCCCCCCUCAGCUCACCCCCACCCAAACCCAUCCUCAGAUCCCAGUCUAGUGCCCCCCCAGCACCCCCCCCUGGUGGACGUUCGUAUGAUCGACUUCGCCCACUCCACCUUUAAGGGUUUCCGUGGCGAUACAGCAGUGCAUGAUGGGCCAGACCGGGGCUAUGUGUUUGGACUGGAGAGCCUGGUCCGGAUCCUGGAGAGUCUGCGUGAUGACAACCGGCCAUAGCCCAUCACCACCACCACAGACACACACACACACACAGAAAGACUGACAGUUCUAUCCUUGUGAAGACCCUUACAUUCAUGUAUGACAGAUAUGGAAAAACUGCAGGAAUAAAUCUACCCAUUUCUCAGAUUAAGAUGAAACCAGAAUAUUUAAGACAAAAAAGUCUAAUUU